AUGUUUCAACUAACUGACUGUGAACAUCCCUCCACAGAUAUGAAAGCUGUUGUAGGAAAAAUCAAUAAAAAGAAACGACCGACCAAAUUAAACACUGAAAUCACUGAUGAUUUAGAAGAAUGGAAAAGGGCCAAACAACUUUUGAAACCCAAAGAUCAGUUGGAACUAGCUGACUUUGAAUUGAAAGAAAUUAUCCCUAAAAUACUAACACCGACUAAUCCACAAAUUCCCGACAGUCUUGUAGAAUUCAAUUAUGCUCAAGGUAAAUUUUUGCUGUUACCGGCCCCUGGUAAUAUGGUGGUGGUAUACGAGGCUCAGGGUACACUUAUUCCUAAAGAUUCAGAAGAAGCGAGGCAGCAGCUGAUUGAACAGGGCAUUGAUCCUGCUGAGCUCGAGAUGUCAGAAAACCCUAGUGAGACGGAAAUAGUUAAUGAAGAAUUUAAACUUGAUGAAGAUGCUCAAGAUGCAGUAACAGAGGAGGGAAAAGAGGAUGAAGAGGCACAAAAAGAUGAUGAUGAAGAAACUGAAAAGAAGACUGAAAAACCUGAUGAUGAAGGAGAAGGGGAAGGUGAAGAGGUUGAAGGAGAGGUCAAAGUUGCAGCAAAGCCACAAGCAAAAGGUGGCCGACCAAGGAAACUGACAAAUCAGUUUAAUUUCUCUGAAAGAGCUGCUCUAACUUACAACAAUCCAACUAGACCACAAGAAACACAGACUAUCCCACCACCCAUGGCAAAUUUCUCUGCAAACGUUUUACAGUGGGUCAUUUAUGAUGGAUACCAACAAGAUUACGAGGCUCAACAACUUGAAAAAGAAUUGGAAAGGGAAAGGAAAGAGAAAGACAAAGCACCAGUGAGUCGAAUUAAAGUGGCAAAAAAACAAUCUGGGAGAACGCAGCUGAGCGAAGCUGUCCAAGGAAAAAUGCUUGAAUGCUGGAGAGUUCUUGAGCGCAUGGUUAAUCAGAACACAUAUGAUGAUAUAGCAAAAGACUACAGAUACUGGGACGAUCCAUCUGAUGAGUUCAGGGAAGAGGAAGGUACUCUUUUACCGCUUUGGAAGUUUUCUUAUGACAAAACCAAGAAGAACACAGUCACAGAUAUUGAAUGGAAUCCGUACUAUUAUGAUCUGUUUGCGGUGUGCUUUGGAUUUUUGGAUUUCAUGAAGCCUAUUGCCCAAGGGGCCGUAUGCCUCUUUACCUUAAAAAAUCCUUCGUUCCCAGACUAUAUUUGCAUGACGGAAUCAGCAGUGAUGUGUGUUGAUACACAUCCAAAGUAUCCAUACAUGGUAGUUGUAGGUUUGUACGACGGAAGUGUUUUAGUUUUCAAUGUACAUGCCACUUGCAAAUAUUCAGCCUACAGAAGUAAUAAUGUCACCAACAAACACAGAGGCAUAGUGUGGGAGGUUAAGUGGGCACCAGAUUUGCCGGACGGUGAACUUAAUUUCUUUUCGGUUGCGGCAGAUGGAAAAAUAAAUAAUUGGAUUUUAAUGCAAAAUGACUUAGCCGUUACUACUAUCAUAACGUUAUUCCUAGUUAAGGAACCUGUACCUGGUCCUGAUGGAACACUGCUCAGAGCAAUAGGUUGUGCUAGUUGUGUAAAACUUCAUCCAAAAAAUCCAAUAAUAUAUUUAGUUGGGACAGAAGAAGGACUGAUUUAUAAGUGUAGUACACAAUACAGUUCCAUGUAUUUACUAACAUAUCACGCUCACCAAAUGCCAGUGUAUAGGAUUGAUUUUAAUAUUUAUAAUACAGAUAUAUUUAUUUCUGGUAGUGGAGAUUGGAGGAUAAAAGUCUGGGAAGAUAAUCGACUUGAACCUUUGUUUGUGUUCGAUGUUGGAGAUAGGGUAGGAGAUGUUAAAUGGGCGCCAUAUUCAUCGACAGUUUUUGCUGCCGUCACGACAGAAGGAAAAGUAUACGUUUUUGAUUUAAAUGUAAAUAAAUAUAAACCAAUUUGCAUCCAAGCAGUAGUGUCCAGAAGAAGAAAUAAACUGACAAGAAUCACAUUCAAUCCUAAACUGCCUAUAAUAAUUGUCGGAGAUGAUAAAGGGUGCGUUACCACUUUAAAAUUAUCCCCAAAUCUCAGGAUACCAUGCAAGGCACCCAAAAAACAGCAGCAUUUAGACCAAUGGACUCUACAAUGCAUGAAGCUGGACAAAUUGUUAUCAUUAGUUAGAGAACCCGUGACAUUAAAUCUUCCUGAAGAUACGGCAGGAUCGGAAGAUUCAUAAAACCAGUAUAUUUUUAUGAUUUUAUUAACACUGAAUAAACUUUACAUAUACAUAUUUUUUAAAGGAUUAGUGAGAAUUUUAAAUACAUAAGCAAUUUGGCACAUUUUAUCUAUGUAAGAAAUUUUUUUAGAACUUAUUUACAUUGAGCAAAAUAUUUCUGGAAUAUAUUUACAAUAAGCAAUGUUAAAAUUACCAAAUAAAUGUCUUUUAUACAUACAGUUGUCUUAUCUUAGUACCUAGAACAUCAAAUCAAUAUAUAGUUUAAAAAAUAUAUGGAUAGUUCCAGUAUUACAAAGUAAUCAAAUACUUUUUCUGUUUUCUAUCGUCCUACAUGAUUUUUAUAGAAUUUAUG